AUGGAUAUUCUGGCACUUUUAGCCAAUUUUACGUGGUCCCCGACGGAAGGGUAUCCCACUGUCACUCCAACAUCGUUCAGAUCCAUCGAUCCAACCCGUAUUCCUGAGCUCAGUGCUCUGUUGUCUAAGGCAAUAGUGAGUAUUGCCACAGCUGAUCAUCAACUUGAUUUGUUGCUGUUAUCGCAAGUGAUUCGUGGAUGUGAGGCAUCUUUAACCAUGAUUGUCGGCCAGCAGGCCUUGGCGACUGCCACGGAUGAGGCUGUUAGGGCCACCGCCUCCACUGCAGUAUUCCAUGCAUCUUACAACUUGAAGAAGCUUGCCGACGAGGAGAACUUGUAUAGUUAUUACUUGAACAGAGGCGGUAACAUCUUCUUCUUCAUUGUUUUCGUCGCCAUUCUCCUCUUCAAUGUGGGCAUGCUUCGUUACUCUCGCUAUCACUGGUACAAUUUGACGUUUAUCGCUGGUUUCGUUCUCCAGGUGUUGGGUUUCUUGGGAAGAAUCUUAUCCUUCACAAACAAUACUGACAUCAACUUCUAUUUGUUACAAUUUGUGAGUUUGACAUUGUCUCCUGCCUUCCUCAUGGCAGGCAUCUACUUUUUGUUUGCUCAGAAUGUCAUUGUGCAUGGCAGACACUACUCUGUGUUGAAACCGAUGUGGUACUCAUACUUUUUCGUGUUUUGUGAUGUCUUCUCGUUGUUUAUCCAAGGUACUGGUGGUGGAAUGGCCUCCAUCGCUACAAAACAGAGAAAAGACAGUCGUCCAGGUACAUGGACCAUGUUUGGUGGUAUAUUAUUCCAGGUGGCUGCCAUGUCAUUAUUUGUUAUAUUUUGGUUUGAAUUCAUCACUCGCAUAUACUUCAAAGACAGAAAAAAGAUUACAUCUGAUUCUCCAUACAAGAAAAAGAGCAUCAAGAAUUGGUUUUUGUUCUUGUUCAAUGCCAAGAGGAUUCGGAAUUACAGAGAGACUGAACUUGAACAGUUCUACAAUCCCAAAUAUGCAAGCAUUAGAGCGCGUCCUCUCGUGCAUUACUACCCUGUUGCAAUCAGUAUUGCCGUGCUUGUUAUUUAUAUCCGUUGUAUCUAUAGAGUGGUGGAGUUGAAACAAGGUUUCCAGGGUUUUCUUAUCAAACAUGAGGUCUUCCUUAUGACUCUUGAUGCAUUGAUGAUAGCCAUUUCUGGCCUUAUAUUCAUUCCAUUCCACCCGGUGUUUGUUUUUGGAAGAGAAAAUGUUCUCAAAUUGGCCACUAUUAAGCAGAAUAGGGACGAAGAGGAUGGCGACGAUGAAAACGGCGAAAAGUCCAGUGCGGGUGUUAUAGACCAAGCCAACAGCUCAAACACCCUGGAUUAA